UUCAAGAGUACGACUACAAUAGCACAUGGCGUAAUCGGGUUUGUUUUGAUUCCAAACUUAUUAUUGUAUUGCCAUUUAAGAAAUCGUUUAUAAAUACAAAAUGGGUAAAAAGAAUAAAAAAGACAAGAAAGGAAAGGGACAAGAGAAGACAGCAUUAAAAACAGAGAAAAAAGCCGAGAAGAGAGCUAAAAGAGAACUGGCAGAAAUUGGAGAGGAUGAUAUAAAGAAACAAAUAGCGGAAUAUCAAGAUAAAGCUAAAGAUCGAACUGAAGUUUUAGAAGAAAAAUGUCCACCACCUUCACCAAGAUGCAGCAUGAGUUUAACAGCCAAUCCAGAUAAAGAAGAAUUAUUUAUGUUUGGUGGCGAAUAUUAUACUGGAAAAAAUAUGACGUUAUAUAAUGAUCUGUUUAUUUAUAAUAUCAAGAAGAAUGAGUGGACCCGCAUCACAGCACCCAAUGCUCCACCACCUCGCAGUUCGCAUCAGGCAGUUGCUUCUAGUCAAGGCGGUGGACAGUUGUGGAUAUUUGGAGGAGAGUUUUCUAGCAGUAGUCAGUCUCAGUUUUAUCAUUAUAGAGAUUUAUGGGUUUAUCAUAUUAAAGAUAAACAGUGGCAAAUGAUCAGUGCUCCAGGAGGACCAUCAUCUAGAAGUGGUCAUAGGAUGGUAUUAUGGAAAAAAUUAUUGGUGGUUUUUGGAGGAUUUCAUGAUAAUUUAAGAGAAUACAAGUAUUUUAAUGAUUUAUACACCUUUGAUCUGGAAACCUAUUCUUGGUCUCGUAUAACUGCAACAGGUAUUCCUCCUGCACCACGAUCAGGCUGUGUUAUGGCUGUUAAUCAGGAUUCUGGCAAGAUUGUUAUAUAUGGUGGAUUUUGUAAAGAAAAAGUUAAAAAAGAUGUGGAUAAACCAACUACUUACACCGAUCUAUUUUCUUUGACUAUAGAAGGUAAAGGAGAUGCUAUGAAAUGGAAAUGGUCACAGAUGAAGCAAUCAGGAUCACGUCCUACAUCAAGGAGUGGUAUAUCAGCAGCUGUUGCUCCUGGUAACAGAGCCAUAUUAUUUGGUGGAGUUUAUGAUAAGGGGGAAUUGGAUGAUGAUGAUGAAGAAGGGAUAUUUUUUAAUGAGAUUUUGUCCUUAGAUACGGAUAAAGGCAAAUGGAACGAUGUCAUCAUUAGAAGCAAAAAAGGUACAACAGAGAAAAAGAAAAGAAGAAGAAAUAAAGAAGAGAGUGAAAUGAAUGAAGAAACCGUUGAGGAAGCAGAAGAAUGUUUAGAUGAGUUAAAACUUGAUAAACAAAGGGAGGCAACUAAUGAUGUAGAUAUGGAGACUGAAUCUAGUAGUGUAUUUACUGUUAAAAUUGGACCCCAGUCGUCACGUAGUGGUGAUAACAAGGGAGAAGACAAUGACGAUAUAUUUCGGCCCUCUCCCAGAAUGAACUGUGCGUUAAGUGUUAAAGGGAGUGUGUUGUAUUUGUACGGGGGUCUUGUAGAGGACGGCGAUAAACAGAUAACUCUAGCUGAUCUUUAUUCUUUAGAUUUACAUAAAUUAGAUGAAUGGAAUAUUAUCAUACCAGAGGACAAAAAACUUCAGGUAUGGGAAGAAUCAUCAGAUGAGGAAGAUGAUGAUGAUGAUGAUGAAAUGGAAGGGGCAGAUGGUGGAGAUGAUUCAUCUUCCAGCGAUGAAGAUUCUGAUGAUGAAGAGAUAACAUUUGAAGAUGCCCCAAAGCAGAAGGAUGACGAAUCUGUGGCUGAUUAUUUCCAACGAUCAAAAGACUAUUGGGUUGAUAAAGCUGCUGAAAUAUUUGAAGAGGAUAAAUCUAAGAUAUCAGCACAGAAAUUAGAGAAAUUAGCACAUGAAUUAUGUAAAAAAGCUUUAUCAGACAUGAAGAAAUAAAUAUUAUGUUAGAAGUAUAUAA